AUGGCCGCCGGGCGGGGUCGCCAGCAGAGCUUCCCCGUCGAGGACCAGCUCGGCCGGCUGAGAGGCAUGUGCCAGAGCCAGCAGCGCGCGCUCGCCGCGGUGGCCUCCCAGCUGGAGCGGAUGCAGGCGGGUCUGCAGGGCGCCGAGGGCCGCCGCAGGACGCUUGAGGCCGAGCGCGAGGAGCUGCUGCGGCGGACCAGCGACGACUGCCUCCGCCUCGAGAGGUUGACGCUCCCGCACCUCACCGACUUGGACCUGGACCUGAUGCUCUCGCUGCCGUCUGGGCACGGCGCCGUCGCCGGGCUCAUCGCCGCCUGCGAGCGGUGGCACGGGGCGCAGGACGAGGGCAUCAGGACUGGGCUGCAGGAGCUCAAGCAGGCCCGCGAGGAGGCCGAGCGCGCCCGGGCGCUGCUCGGCGGCAUGCGUCGGCUCGAGGCCGCCCGCGAGGAGCAGGGGCUGGCGCUGCAGCGGGCCGAGCGCGCGAUGGCGGAGAUGGCGCGGGCGCGGGAGUGCCGGGACGGUAUGGGCACAGACAUCGUAAUGUACACCACGGCAGGAGCCAAGGGCUUCGUCUUCCUGCGCCACUGUUCGGGCGGGGUCCUCGGUCUGUGA